AUGAGAACAAGUUUUGGCAGAGAACUAAAAAGGCAAAAAAAUUAUGGGGCAGGAAUUGGGCGUAAGAGUGAAUAUAAACAUUACAAACAGUUAAUAUUUUUAACAAAUGUCAUGAAUAUUGUUGAAAAAGAGGAGUCUGAUGAAGAAGCAGAGUAUGUGCAUUAUGAUGAUAAUCAAAUAAAAGUAAAUUCUGCUCUUUCUAUUGAACACAAUAAUGUGGAUAAACCAAUGGAUGAGGACAUUUUGAGUGAUAGAGAGGAAGAUGAAGAUCGCUUAUUCCUAUUGUCAUUGCAUAAAACUUUGCAGAGGAUUCCAAAACAAAAAAAAAUUGCUAUUAAAAUCAAAAUGUUAUCAGUAUUAAAUGAAGCUGUAUCAGAGGAUGAUAACAGUAGC